AUGGGUAGAGAAGGGCCAUGUUUGCACUGUGGCAUCAAAAAAACCCCCCUUUGGAGACCUGGGCCACCUGCAAAACCAGUGCUCUGCAAUGCAUGUGGAUCAAGAUGGCGGACUAAGGGGACACUAGAUGACUAUAUUCCCAAACAUGGAAAGAGAGACAUACAGAGCUAUCAGUUACCUUCUGUGAAGAAGCCGCGUCUCUUAGCUCGUGAUGACCAAAAGCUGGAAGUUGGAGUAGAGGUUUCUGGACAGGAUGGCUCUGCGGCUUGUCUCAAAGAGGAAAUGAAUAACAUAUCAAGCUCAGGUUCAGCAGGAUCAUCCUCAUACAACUUCAUUCAGAUGGAAGAAACAAAUGGUAAAAUAAUUUCACUUAUAUAUCGAGCACUGAACUUGACUUGGGAAAUAUGAUGCACUUUCUGAAUCAAAUCCUUUUUUUAUAAGGUAAGAAAUUUUAUUAACAAAUGAGAAAAAAAACUCGUAUACACACCGUAUACCAAAAGAAGAGAACCUACAUCAAAGUAUCCUUCUCAACCAAAUAGAUCCAAUCCUCUACACAAAUAAGGAUUUCGUAAGUACACCAAAAAGAAAACUUACAUGUAUAUAGUAGAAUUAAAUCUUUCAUUCUCCAAGAUGGGCAUUCCAUUUCCGAUGUAUUAAAUCUGUUUUU